AUGGCGGGUAAAUCGCAAAAUUCGCUUGUCUCCAACACGCGUGCUUCGGACACAAGCCCCACGGUGCAGCUGCACCCGCUUGUACUGCUCACCAUAACCGACUGCAUUACGCGACAUACGCUUCGACAACAAAAUGGGCCUGUAAUUGGAGCUAUUCUUGGUCAGCAAAAUGGCCACGAGGUCACCAUGGAGGUUGCAUUCCAGGCGAAGUUGGUGUCAAAUGAGCAAGGUGAUGUGGUGCUCGAUGACGAAUGGUUUAUGAAGCGGUUAGACGAUUACAAGGACGUCCACAAGCAACCACCGCUCGACAUUGUUGCCUGGUUCACGCUCGCCCCACCCACCGGUCCAACCGCGCAGAUACUACCCAUCCACAACCGCAUAUCAGAGCUUACCGAUUCGCCGAUCCUUUGCUUAUUCCACCCCUCUGAUGCGGACUCAGAAGCCACGGCCGCCGGCAAGCUACCUCUCACCCUGUACGAGUCGGUCUACGAAAAUGCAACUGGCGGCUCAGACGACAAGGCAAUGGACGUCGAUGGUGCAGUACAGAACAAAACAUUGAAAUUCAGGGAGCUUGUUUAUACGGUUGAGACCGGCGAGGCAGAGAUGAUCGCCGUAGACUUCGUGGCUCGCGGAGGUGGCAACGCCACUGCCGUGGAAGGCUCCUCAACUGCGUCAAAGGGCAAGGCACCCGGGGGCGCAGAAGAGAAGGAAAAGAAGGGCAAAGGCAAAGGGAAGGAAGCGCCCAAAGAGGAGAGUAUUGACGAGUCUGCCGUUUUGACAGUUGAAGACGAGGAGCUGCUAUCAACACUGACUGCGAAGAUCAACGCCAUCCGCAUGCUAAGCCGCCGCAUCUCGCUCCUUCGCACCUAUCUUGCCUCUCUCCCGCCUUCAUACCUCUCUGAAUCGUCUCUCCCACUGGACCCGACCCCAACCAACGACCAUCCUCUCCCGCUCAACCACUCCAUUCUCCGCAGCGUCUCCGCCAUGCUCGCCCGCAUCAACAUCCUAGCGCCGCCCGAUGUCGAAGCCUUUACGCUUGAGUCUCAACAAGAAGCUUCGGAUGUCCAGCUCGUCCAGCUGCUUUCAUCGAUUACCAAUUCGGUGUCUGCAGCGAGGGACUUGGGCAAGAAGAGCCAGAUUGUUGAGAACGGUAAGAGCCACUCACGGAGGGGCGGAGGCGGCAUGGGUUCUUUGAUGGGCGGUUACAACGACGCUCCUGGCAACCAGUACUUCGAUACCAUUAUGGGAGGAGGAGGGGCGCGACAGUUUGGCACUGAACGAUGGGGCUGA